AAAAAAAGUUGAAGGAGCAGCAGACGAUGUUGUUACGAUGGUUGUUGUUGGUGGCGGUGAUGCUGUUGUCCCUGGACGCUCAGGUCAACGCCCUAAGACGCAGGCCACAAGGCAGGCCACAAGGCAGGUCACAAGGCAGGCCACAAGGCAGGCCACAAGGCAAGCCACAAGGCAGGCCACAAGGCAGGCCACAAGGCAGGCCACAAGGCAGGCCACAAGGCAGGCCACAAGGCAGGCCACAAGGCAGGCCACAAGCUGGUGGUUGUACCUGCGUGUAUCUUGUAGAAUGCGCUCCACAUCUUAACGAGAUCCAGAAAACCUGUGACCUGGGUGGUGGCGUUACUGGGGUCUGCUGCCCUGUGUCUGCUGCUGCCGUUGGGUGUCUAAAAUCGGGAUCGGGGAUAUCAUGA